AUGCAGCCCGAUAUUCCUUACCGACAAACCCAUCUACAGGCUCCAGAUGAGUGGAAGCUAGAGCAAGGCCUCGAGCCCGCUCGUCUCGGCAUCCGUAACCAGAGCAGUAUCCAGAUCAACACAGAGCCUCAUCGACUCAAUCCAAGUGACCACGAAGAACUCAAGGGUACUGAUAUCUCUGAGGAUCCGGAUCUCGACGUUCAAGAUGAGCGACCUGGUUGGAAGGGUUAUGUCGAGUGGGAAGAUUACCCUGAGAAGAAAGCCAAGGCUCACCAGCGCUUUUCGCGCUUCACGUUUCCCCCUCCACCUGAGUUCCAGUUGGAGCCUCUUCCGGCAACGAACCCCGUUCUCGAGGGUAAGAGAUGGAAGUUGUGGCAUAAAGCUAUUGGUGGAGUUUUGGAUCAGGUGCCGCAGAUCAGUUGGGAGACUGUUCUCAAGGAAAAACACCCGGAAAUGCUUCAUCUCCUCGAAUUUCCUUACAACGGAGAAGCGCCCAAAAGCCUUUUGACCAAAGACUACAUCAUGCCAAACGAACUUCAUUUCGUUCGCAAUCACGGCGGCAUUCCGGACAUUGAAGCAAGCGCCUACGACAUCCGUCUCGAUGGGCUCGUCAACGACCCCAGACACUCACCCUCGCAGACUUACAAAACGAAUCCCUCUUUCCAGAGUAGCAAGCUCGUAACCAUUCAGUGCAGCGGUACUUCGUCGCCUUGGAAGCAAAUCGGUCGAGUAUCCCAGUGA